AUGUCAUUUUCUGAAUAACAAGGUUAAGAGCUGCAGAUAAGGAAGGCAGAUUUGGAUGAUUACGAUGAGAUUAUGUAAUUGAUGCAGGAAGAGGGAGAAGAGGACUUAUAAUAACUCUACGCAUAUCCCAAGAUUCUUACAUUAUUUGAGAGAUCCUAUUUGUCAGUCACAGAGGGGGCAGUCUUUGAUGAUUGUCCUUAAGGUGUUACUGGAUAGGUUGAUUUUAAGCAUGAGAAUUUGUGGGAAUAAUGGAUUCAUGAUGGCUGGGACAUUGGCUUUCAUGUGAGUUCAUUCAACUGUCUUUGGAUGACUUUCUUUUUUCUUGAUCUAGCUAAGAAGCGAUUCCAAUUGACUGAAGACCAACAGUUACAGAUCACCAAACAAAUCUUUCAAAAGGUCUAUGAUUAUUUGAAUGUUGUCAAUGGGAUCUUCUUUUUGAGGAGGAGUGAAGCAAUUGAUGCCACUCAAUAAGAAUUGGAUAUCGCAUUAGAGAAUUUAUUUGAAAUUCUCCCAAAAAGACAAGAUUUCAAAUUGAAGUUCAUGCAAGGAGUGAAUCAGAAUUGUGAGAUCUACUAUUCAGCGUCAUCUAUGGUAACUGAAUUGUUGGAAAUUCGUAUGGCUCGUGAAGAGGAUCAUGAUGAUUUGGCUGCCAUCUUUAAUCGUCAAUCAGAUGUGCAUACUGAAGAGUUCGGUGAAUUCUUCAUUGCGGACUUAAUUGCUACUCAGAAUCAAACUAGGAGAUAAGCUAGGAAUUAUAGGAGUGAUGGAAAGGCUAUUGUAGGAUAAGUUGGAGAUAAGGCAGUGGGAUUGAUGAGUAUUUCAAGUGAUAUUGAUUAUCGUCUACUUGGAUAGUGUUUCGAUUUAGAAGUGUUUGACAAUCUCUACAAAUCAGAAUAUAUGGAAGCCAUUAGAAAUCGACUGGAUUAAUUGGCACUUGAGGAAACAAAUCAACAAGCAGAUCAUUACUUUACAAGAAGCACAUUGAAUUGA